AUGGCAGCCUCCUCAUCUCUGAGGGGAAAAUUCAAAGCACUACAGUUAAAGACACCGAUCAAACGUCCAAGCGGAGGAUCUGCAAAUUCCUCGUCGUCAAAAUCCCCCGAGGGCGGAGAGACCACCUACUAUGAUGUUGACCAGCGAUCUACGCAGAGAAAAGCAUUCUCUGGGCCACCACUCGAAAGUAUGCGCGAAGGUUCGCAAGGCAUACCUCUAGACCUCAAAAUCAAGAUCGGUACAGUUCGAUCGCAGACCAUAUCUCUCCCCAUUCAACCUGCGUUGCCCGCAUUUGGAGACCGCACGACGAGCAACCCUAUUCCCGAACCUGUUGAUGAACGGAAGCUGAACCUGCUCUACUAUUGCAUGCGGAAUUUGAAGUUCGUAGGAGAUCAUAUGAUUGACCGCCACGCUCUGAACCUGGCCGAGAGGUGUAAAUGUUGCGGCGAGCGACUCUAUUCGGGGACGAAUUCAGGACUGUCGGGUUUGGCGUUAAAGCUCAUUCGACAAGCUGCCGAACCAGAGGCGGAGGAGGAGGAAAAGCGACUUGCCGAAAUAGCUUCAUGA